AUGGCUGAGAGAGCAGCUGUAAUGUCAAGAGAUGAAGAGGAGAUCCAAAACAGCAGUGAUGAUGAAGACAGGUUUCCGACUCAAGUUGCUGUGACAGCAUCCCCUGGUUGCUCUGCCUGCCCUUCACUAGACAGCCUUGAUGAAGACAAGGGAAGCUCAGCAGAGCCAGAAAGACUGUCUGUCCUCUCCAGCAGGGCAGUGGCCCAGCUAAAAGCCCCGACUGGUCCAGAGAUGGUUUGUGGUGACCAGGAACAGACGACAGUCCCUGGGCUGGCUGAGCAUCCUCUGGCAGCUGUAGAUGCAUCCUUAGGUGCCUCCUCAUGCCCUGCAGCAAUUGAUAACCUGCUGCCUGUGCACCUUGCCUCCUUGUAUGCCAAAAGUCCCUGCUGUGAUGGCAGACUGAGCUCAGAAGUGCUGCAGGACCUGAGGGUGCCUGGUGAAGCCCUGCAGGCACGGACUGGCACCCAGCAGGCAGGGAGCAGCACCCAGAGCAGCAUGGCCUCCUGCAGUUUGGGCCGUGUGAUUUGGAUGAAGACCACAACAGUAAUGGAGACCUUAGAAAAGAAGAAGAAGGAGGAAAAGGAGAAGUACCGGCUCCAGCUAGCAAUGUACCGACGGCUCCUGCUGCUGCGCUCCAUCAGGAGUUUGCAUAGGCAGCUGGAGCAGCAGCAGGCCAGGCUGCAGGAAUGCUAUGGCACGGUGAUAAACAUAAAGAAAGAAGUGUUGAAACACAUUUGCCCAACCUCGCCCUCACCUUCGCCGUAA